UUCCCUGGACAUCUGGCUGAUGUAGAGAAGAUACCUGUUGCUGGCCUCGAUAAUAAUUACGUCGGGACCAAAGACUUCUUGAAAUCCUGGAUUCACCAGAGGUCUGAAGUCGAGGGUCAGAAGGACCUGCAGAUCAUGCAGGAAGGGGAAUCCUCAGGGUCAGCUCUGCUGGAGAAAAAAUCGAUGGGAAAUGCGAAGGACAACGAGUCUUUACGAAUAGUGAGAUUCACAUUCGAAGACGAUCAGAAAAUCGUGAAAUACCUCAUCGACAAGAAGGCAAUCCUGAGGAUCCAAGGGCCCAGCAUUUGGUUUGAAAUGGCGUACGAUAAAAUUCUGCCAAAUCGCGACGCCUCCACUCUGAGAUUCCGUUUCGAAGAAAAAUUGCUAGCCCACAUUGAUCAGUACACCGACGACCCAACAGCCCUGAAGCAAUUCAGGGCCUUCAAACCAGGAACCCAGAAUUCAAUGGAUUUGAAUUAGCCGGGGGUACAAGAAGAUAUUAAGAUAUGGGAGCAUGAGUGAUGGAAUUUUUUGAUCUUAUUCAGUUGAAUAUACCU